AUGGAGACUACUGGUGGUGACUUCCCGUCUGUUUCGACACCUUCAAAACGGCCGCCAGGUGAAGUUUUUGAAUCGAGGGCUUACACCGUGACAGAAUCAAACCGAUACACGUUCACUCACAGCUGGUUGACGAACAAUGUUAGUGCGAUUGAGAAGCGGUUCUUGGAGACGAACGUUGAAUUCAUACACAGCGAACCAGAUACUUUUCAGUAUGGAAUGGAAGAGCUUGUUUUAGAGACAAAUAUCACGAAAACAUUUCGAGCCAGGUUUCAUCCGAAGGGCAAUAAGGAUUCUAACAAGGAUUUUUGUUUUUUUCAAGUGAGGUUUUGAUGCUUUAUUUUGAAUUUUAGGUAAUUGAAGUCAUAAGUAGAUAAAGAAACGUAUAUUGAAGACAUUGUGUGCUGAUCUCGCUUUAAACUCAUGUUGAGUUACUGCAUAUUAGGCUAAACCUUUCUUGUGUUUCAGGUUUUUCCAGUCACUCCAGUCUCAAACUAUCGGGUCAAGUUUCAUGUUUACAAUAUGCGCUCAGAACCUCUUCCACUAACAGUUUAUCAGGGAAAUCAACAAGUAAGCUUUUAUAUCGUAAAUAUUGUUUUUGUUUUAGGUUUACAUGAAUUUUGACUAUGUUUAUGUUUUUUAACAGCUGUUUUUGGCGUAUUUAUGUGUAUCUAACGUAUAUUCAAGGGUGUACACAUAUAGUUAAGUGCGUAAUUUUUGUUGAGUUAUUUUGAAUAGAAAAUUAAAAUUGUAGUUAAACGGGUAUUUUGAAUAUGUGCGGCGGGAUGCUCUUCUACAACAUAUCGCUCCAGAAGACGAACUUAUGCUUAAAAUAACUCUGACAUUUUUCUCUGAACCUUGGACGCAUAUGGAAGUGUUUCCUAAAGAGAGAGGCACGCAAUUGACUGACGAUGUAAGUUACAACAUGUUUUUAUUUAUGUGCAUUAUACAAUUGGUGUUUUUGUCAUCUAAAAUAUGGUUUAGUAUAUUGUUUUAUGGAAAAUGUGGUAAAAGACCUUAUUUCAGGUUGGAAAGGACUUUGAAGCUCUGUUCAAGAACCCACAGUUCUCCGACUUCAAGAUCAAAUGUAAAUACGACGGCAAAGUAAAAGUUCUUAAUGUACAUAAAGCUAUUUUGGUAGCACGAUCUCAGUUCUUCAAAGCCAUGUUGUCCGAGCAUACGAAAGAGUCGAAGGAUAAUGAAGUCAUCUUUGAUGACAUUGAUCACAGUGUGUUGCUGGAACUGGUUAGGUUCAUAUAUACGGGUAAAGCUCCAAAGGUCGACUCUAUGGCAUUGGAAUUGAUGGGGUUGGCUGACCGUUUCCAAGUUCUGGUUUUGAAGAGAAUGGCAGAGAAGUCGCUGCUGAAGAAGUUGAAUGUGAGUAACGUUUGUGAGGUUCUGGUUGUGGCCGACGUUUACAACAGUGAGCAUGUAAAGCAAGAAGCAUUGAACUACAUCGGAGCAAAUGCAUCUGAAGUUGUUAAAGUAAGGACGGUUUGAUGUAAGGGGAUAAUUGUUUUUAUAAUCUUACUUACUAUAAUAUGCUUUAUUCUUAAAAAAUAAAUUAUUUUCACAAAUUAAAAGUUUUGUUGUAAUUAGUCAGUGGUUUUUAAACUACAACAAUAUGUGUGGCUUUAUCAUUCAGACUACUAUAAUUUGUGUUGUUUCAGACAGACGGAUGGCAAGCAAUGCUAAAAGAUCAUUCUCAGCUACUAACUGAUGUCGUUAUGAAGAUUAACAAUGGGGGCAAUAGUAAGUUUGAGCACAUAGUGGUUCUUUGGGGAUGGUGGGAGGUAUAUAUGGUUCUUUGAGCUAUACUAAGCCUGCCCUCUCUUGCCUAGCCAAGAAAUCACUGAAAGUUUACUUGCUGGGGGAUGGACUAAUUUUUACUUUUGAUUUAACACGUAUUUUAAAUUUGGUUUUAAAAAAGUUUAGUGUUAGGACUAUAGAAUAACAUUUUAAAACGUUAUUUUAAAUACCUGACCGCUCAUUUUCAAAUUUUAAUUCAAAAAUGACUUCUUUUGAGUUUUUUUUGCUAAUCCUGCGCCAUUUUUUCUUAUAAAACGGAGCAGGAUUUUCUUUUUUUUCUGCUCCAUUUUUUUAACUUUUGCUGAAAUGGCGCAGGAUUUUUACGGACCCUGCGCCAUUUUUAAAAAAAUAUUCAAGUAUUAAUUUUAUUUUAUAAGAAUUCAAAGAUAUUUUAUAAAAAUCAAAAUACAACAAAAAUGCACAGACCAUAGCGGGCCCGUAGGGCCCGCGUUGGUCUGGUAACAUGUAAGCCCUUUUUUAUUCGUAAAGCGAUCUGAUUUCUUGAUCGCUGUUCGAAAAACAAAUAAUAAAUGACAUUUUCAGUGGAACCUUUGGCCAAGCGUAUUCGGAAGUUCUAA